GCCCGUCGUGCCUCCUCGUAUUUUCAGUACCGACCGAACGACGGCGACUAACGAAACCACGGAAAAUCCCUCCCAGAAGAAAAGCACUGUUCGCGUCCCUCGGCUGGUUCGCUCGUGCACACGCGGCUCUGCGACGCCUUUGCUCGCCGGUAGACGAACCCGAUUAAACGUGCGAGCACGCGGGAAAGCAACAGUGUUUAACAACCUAGCCCGUGUCACCAGUGCCGGGUUGAAUGGGACUCUUCUCCGACGGAAGGUUCGCUCGGGCAGGAUACCCUCGAGGACGAUCGUACGGUCAGUGACGCAGGAAACGUCGAUUUUCGGUAUGAUCCGCGAGGCGUGGUGACCCCGGGGAAGGAUACGGUUCGCUGACAUCGUUUCGAAGAUAUCUCGGUCCUCGUCGUAACGUAGCUUUCGCGAAAAAGGGCGUAGCAGGCUUUCCCUCGCCGUUGCUCGUCGAUGGUCUCGAUCGAAGCAUUCGUCGUGUUGGGAAAGUUGUCGCGGGGAGAUCGUGAAGGAGUGGUUUCGGUGGGACAGUGUCAGUGGCCGUCGCCAACAGGUUACACGAGCCGAUGAGUAUUUCGAGAAACAUCGGGGAGAAGUCGUAAGAGCUCCCACGCGGUGCCAGUUAUUGUCGCGGAGAAUGAAAAAAAAGUAUAAAAAUAACUGCCCCUGAGCUCGAGCUGAAAUGCACAAGCUGGCUGACCCCCGCGAAGCAGGACAUUCGAUUCAGGGGAGCGUGGGUUCCAGCGUAUCGUAGCGACCGGGGGGAUCACGGUGAAUCGUCACGGACAACCCGCUGGCUCGUCGUUACGGAUAAACGCGACCGCAUAUAUCCACCACGUGCCUUUCUCGUCGUGAUCGAGAUCCACCUUUUCACACCUGCCCCAGCACGUUACUCUUCCCCAUGACCUAACGGCCAUGACAUACGAAAUUUUUUACCUUGUCCCGAUUCACGAUCCCGUAACCGAGAAACCGGCAUUCGGGAAAUCGGUGGCGUGUCAUCGUUGAUACUCGUGGCUGAUCGACGAGACGCACAGCAGCAGCAGCAGCAGCAGCACGUUUCCCAAGUCGCCUACCCUCCUAGCAACGCUCGUGGAAAUGUCCGCACAAUGCGCGUCUCUGAGACGUCCGCUGUUCUUCGUUCCACCAGAUGCAGAGAAGUUUGACUCCGAGCCGACGAGGUCGAGUCUUCUACGGAUUCUCCGCGAGGCGUCCGUCGCCGAGAAGGUGCGGUUACCACGGCUGAAAUCACCCGGACAGCUUGCCAAUCUCUGCGAAGACGUCGAAACCUCGUGGCGCUCGCGAUCCGUUGUCCUCUGGUCCUGGUGAAAGGGAAAAGUGGGAACAGCAAGGAUCAAUCGCGUGCCUCGUGUCUUUUCAAGUUCCGAAGAAGGGUGUCCUCGUGCACAAACGAAGAAACGUUUGAUAAUCUGUAACGCUAACGGCGACACGUUCUCCAGAUCACCGUUGUUGGAUUUCGUGGGAAAGCCGCGUGGCGCAGGGUGUAUCGACUAUAAAUAGAUGUUUCCUCGCCUGGAUCGUACAUCUUGAGCUGGUCAGACAUCGGAUUCGGAGCGGAGAGAUACGCAGGGUCGGGGCUUCGUGGCACGACCUUCAUCGCGUCCUUGGAUCCACGGGGCGAGGAUGGUACCAUAAGUCACCGCUACAGUCUGCUACGAUCUUUAGAUAUUACCUAGGAUAAACGAGAAACGGGUCCAAAGGAAGUCGAGCAAAGACAUCCAGCCUUCUCCGAACGGGCGUUAGCGCGCUGACUCUGUCCAGAACUGUGUGCCCGAAUUUUCUACUAUCGUAACACCAGGAAACAACGAUCGUCUCGAGCGUAGAUCACGUAAUUUAGGGGACGUUCCUUGAAGCGAGGCAAAAGGCACCACGCGUCACCGUUUAGUGGAGCUUCCUUGGUGGCCACCUCUCCUCGUUUACUAUCCCCCGUAUUCCCUUUUGUACGUACGCAAGGAGCGUCUGAACCGGAACGAAAAGGAAUAUAUCGACGUCCGACUACCAACGAAUCUUCUUCUACUUCUUGUUGGUUCUGUUACUCUAUUUUUUUUCGUUUCUCGGCUGUCGUUCCAUCGCAAGAAUCACGCCAGGGCUCGGGAACGAACCGUGACACCGAGCGUCGCCGUUAUUUAGCUGGUGCUUUUCUCUGUCCUCGAUAAUCAUUAUGCUCAACUCGUGCUGUGCUUUUUUCUACCGUGCUUGUACGCAUGCUGCGAGUGUUUUCUCAGUGCUGUAGUGUUACGCGUUAAUUAUCACACGGGCUUAACGAGCCCACGAUCGAACGCCAAACGUCUCGUCGGCCCAGGUACCUGGGAAUAUUCCUGAGAUGCCUGUUAGACGAGGUCACGUGGCGCCCAGGACAACGAUCAUCGAAACCAUCAUCAGAAAGUUCGACACUCACGAUCGAAGUUUUUUAGUGGCCAACGCUCAACACGGACUAUGUCACAUAAUAUACUGCUCGGACGGUUUCUGCCGGCUGACGGGCUUUUCGAGGGCGGAAGUGAUGCAGAGACCGGCGAUCUGCGAGUUCCUUCAUGGGCCAAUGACGUCGCCCCAUGCGGUCGCAGCCCUCCGCGACGCCCUCGCCGCUGGCGUCGAAAAGCACUUCGAGAUCCUCUACUACAGAAAAGACGGCACCAAGUUCUUGUGCAGCGAAGUGAUAGCCCUGAUAAGGAGCGAGGUGGACGACAUCUGCUUGCAAAUCAUAAAUUUCGAGGAUCUGAGCUCCCAGCCGCCCCCGCCGCCUGCAAUUCCGCCCCCAAGCCAAACCAACAACAGGCUCGUCACACGCUUCGACAGGGCAAGGGCGUCCUUUCGCGCUGGCCUGUCCAGGACCGGUGUCGUCGGUCCACCGAGGGUCAGGAAUCGACCGAGAAACACGACCAACUUACCUCAUCGACUUGCUGACGGGACCAUCCUCGACGAGGACGCUUCUGAGAACUGCCCACUAACAUGUGGUUCGCUCACAAUGAUGGAAUCUUGGGGUCCUGGAAGGACUGGCACACCCCCGCCCGCUCUUCCACCCCCGCCAGCUGGGAGCAACAAUGCUGGUGCAGCGUUCACAGUAACCGCAAACGUUGCACAGCCCAGCACCACCGCGCCGAUUGCCAGUCCCGAGGGGGUGAGCGACGUCUCCCAGAAGUCUGGGAUUUGGGAGGGCGGGAAUUUCUCGUCGGCGGGGGGCGCGGAGGGCCCGUCGCGGAGCGUCUCGCACGCCGCGAGUUUGGACGCGAUCUCGAGGAAAGCGGUAAAACCGGAAACGGCGAGGACGCCGUGUCGCAGCCUCACCUGCAGCGUUUUAGCGGGCCGAGGGAGCGAACACGUCACCCUCGAGCGACGGCCAGCGACAGUCGAUAAUCUCACCGAAGCAACUAAACAUUCGAAAAUCUUUCCUGGCGUCGCGUCCGAAAGCGACUUGCAGAAAUGGCGGACGUCCAAGGACCGGAAGUCGCCGUCCCUCAGCCAGAUGGGGCCGGAUUCCAUCAAACACAAAUUUUCCUUGCAGGACAACGGAUCUGCAAAGUACUUCCAAGGCGCCCUGCACGCAUCGAACAUGGGAGAGAAGGUUGCCCAGGUGCUGUCUCUUGGAAACGAUAUCCUCCCAGAGUACAAAUUACAGUCUCCUAGAAUCGGCAGGUGGACCAUACUGCACUACUCACUUUUCAAGGCAGCCUGGGAUUGGGUGAUACUACUGCUUGUACUGUACACAGCCAUAGUUACCCCAUACGUUGCCGCCUUCAACCUGUCGGAUCCAAAUUAUAACAACAGGGAGAACAAAAAGUAUAGCGAAGAUCCCAUCGUCAUCAUAGACUUUAUAGUUGACGUCACUUUCAUAGUGGACAUCAUCAUAAAUUUUCGCACGACAUUCGUGAACAGCAACGAUGAAGUGGUGUCCCAUCCCGCAAAGAUAGCCGUCCAUUACCUGAAGGGUUGGUUCAUCAUCGACCUGAUCGCCGCCAUACCCUUCGACCUUUUCCUCGUUGGCUCCGAUACUGACGAGCUCGGCUUGGACAAGGACGAGACGACCACUUUGAUGGGACUCCUGAAGACGGCACGUCUUCUGCGACUCGUCAGAGUAGCUAGGAAGAUCGACAGGUACAGCGAAUACGGAGCCGCGGUUUUGCUCCUUUUGAUGGCCACCUUCGCUCUUAUUGCUCACUGGAUGGCGUGCAUAUGGUACGCUAUAGGAAACGCGGAAAGACCAACGUUGAAGAGCAAAGUCGGCUGGCUCGAUAUUCUCGCCAACGACACGCAUCAGUUUUAUUCUCACAACAACACGGGAGGGCCGAGUAUGAAGAGCCGCUAUAUCACAGCACUAUAUUUCACCUUUAGCAGUUUAACGUCCGUGGGCUUUGGAAACGUGGCUCCAAACACGGACACCGAGAAGAUAUUUACUAUAGUCGUUAUGUUAAUUGGAUCUCUGAUGUACGCCAGUAUCUUUGGUAACGUCUCCGCGAUAAUUCAGAGGCUUUAUAGCGGUACGGCGAGAUACCAUACGCAAAUGCUUCGAGUUCGAGAGUUUAUAAGGUUCCAUCAGAUCCCGAAUCCGCUGCGUCAACGACUGGAGGAGUACUUUCAGCACGCUUGGACCUUCACGAACGGGAUCGACAUGAACAGUGUUCUGAAAGGAUUCCCUGAGUGCCUUCAGGCGGACAUUUGUCUUCAUCUGAACAGAAACCUGUUAACCAACUGUAGGGCCUUCGAGGGUGCCAGUCAAGGUUGUUUAAGGGUGUUAUCGUUAAAAUUUAAAACCACACACGCGCCACCGGGUGACACGUUAGUUCAUAGAGGAGACGUGCUGACGUCUCUGUACUUCAUAUCGCGUGGCAGCAUAGAGAUCUUGAAGAACGACGUGGUGAUGGCCAUUCUGGGCAAGAACGACAUAUUCGGGGAGAAUCCUUGCAUACACCCGACAGUUGGCAAGUCGUCGUGCAACGUGCGCGCUCUAACUUACUGCGAUCUGCACAAGAUACACAGGGACGAUCUGCUCGAUGUUCUGGCCCUCUAUCCGGAAUUCUCCAAUCACUUUAGCCAGAAUCUCGAGAUCACUUUUAAUCUGCGAGACGAAGAACAAGCUGGUGUCGAUCCAGUAUCAGCAAGAUUUCCUGUCAGCACUCCAACGGACGUUGACGUCGACGCUAGGAGAUUCGCUUUCCGUCCACCAAGAUACCGUCGAGGACCUGGAGGUCCUGGCACCAAUCUUAUCCCCAUUGGUCGACAAGACUCCUUACAGGCUGAUCAGGAAGACUACGACAAAGCAAGCGGUCAUGGAAUUCUCGAGUUCAACACCGACAAAGCCGGCCAGGACGUGACGCCUUUGAACCUGGAAUUCGACGAGCCGAAGCAGCGAAGCUCCACCUUGAACUCUAUUACCGGUCUUGCUCGAAAUGGCAUGCUAACCCAUCUCAAGCGCAGCAUACCGGACCUACGACAGCACAAGAUCCACCUGCUGCCGCUCACGAGUCACGAUUACCUCGCCAAGCAGAUGACCACACCCUUGACGAAGCCCGCGCGGAGAAGCUCGGCCGCUGGUGAGAGCUCCCUCAGCCAGAUCGUGGUGCAUCCCACGUCGACAACGUCCAGUCAUUACACAACACCGUCGCCACCGCAACAUCCGCAGUCACAUGGUGACUUUCAAAGUGGUCCAGGUCGGCCUAUAGAAGAGAUAAACACCAGAAUAGACCAGCUGUCGCGGCAGAUGUCCUCCCUGGAGCACUCCAUGGCCGGGGACAUCAGGUUGAUCUUGACUCUGCUUCAACAAACGCUUAACUCGUCGAGGGAAAGUUCCAGCAUCGAGAUGAUGCCUGGUACCGCUCCUGCUGGAACAACCAAGCAAAGUAGCAGAGCUCCGGCAUUGGUCCAGCGAUCAGCCAGCGAACCGCAACCACCGACAGUUCCAGCAUCGACCAAUGGGAACGGAAAGAUCCAGCCAAGCACGUCUCACGGUUUGUUUAGCUUUCUUUCGAAAUCCCUGGAUCAAUUGCAUUUGAUUUCGGCGUCUUUUAUUUUGGAAAGGUUGGACAAGUUCCGAAGCAGACCCCCGACGAGGGAGCCAACGUCGACGUCCUCGGGAACGUCGCGACUCACGGUGACGUCUGACACGUCAGCAUUGGCCACCGCCCUGCAGACGGCGUUAAAUGGAAGAACGGCGCCUACCAGGUCGCAGAGCCAACCCGUCGACCUGGCGGUACCACCGAACACGCAGCAGGGACACCUGCCGCACGCCUGGCACAGUCAACCUGCUGCAUUCAGAAGGGGAGAGUUCAGGAGUGGGUACAGCUCGUUCAACAAACGUUCGGAACCGGAAGGGGACGACCCCUGGAACUGCGUGGUGUCCAUGGCGGAUCGAGGAGUGACUCAGCGUCCUCGAAGCAGCGAGUCCCGGAAGGAGCCGACGAAUCACCGCGGCUCCAGCGAUCUGGCGAGCAGUCAGCGCCCCGAGAGCAGGCAACUGGACGGCGCGGGCCAGGCGUCCGGUCCGCGCCAGGAGUCUUCGAGGCAGACCAGCGAGGACAUGUCCUGGGAGUUCACGAUAAACGAGGCGCCUAUCGCGAGAUUAGAGUCCCUGGACGAGCUCGACCAGGAUCACGGUAGUUAAGGCCAAGGUUUCGCUUCGUUUAUGAAGUAAUUUCGUCUCGCUUGCGACUGACACGGGAGGCUUUGUCGAGCAGACGGCUCGAUCCGGCGACCAAUGAUCACUCGAAUGGCUGUGGACUCCUUCCGUUUCCUUUUCGAAGGAUCUAGCCAACGCGGCGCCAGGGUGCGUUAACGCGCCAGCCGCUCGAUUUUUUUCUAGAGGUCCUGUCCCCGUUUUCGUUCGACGUUAUUCUUUAGCGACUCCUGCCAUUGCGUGCCAGCUAUUUAUUCAGGUCACUGUCGACACUCGAAACGCGAGCAAUUAAUUUUUAAGGAUCAUCAUCGGUGACGAGCGACUAAAUUCGGUGGUUUAUUUCAUCUAACUUACGUAUCUCUCUACUUGUAUUAAAACGGAGCGUUUAAUAUUCUACGUAGAACGAUUUCCACGAUUGCAUAUUCGUCAGGUCUAAGUUGAGUCUUUCUUUUUUUUUUUUUAGACACUGUGGUGCUAAUCUCGAAACGAUAAGGAAGAUUAGUAACUUCAGUAGUGUUCGUUUCGCUGACUAUUUUUCUAAGGAACGCGGUCGACAAUUGUUACGCCCGUUAUAUUAUCGAUCUUCGAGAUAGCUGUAACGUUUUCUCGAAAUUGUUCGAUCAACUGCCGAAAGAUCGCUAGGAAAAAAUCGAUCGGCGGACGUUCAGCGAUUAUCGACGAGGUAUAAGAUGAGAACGUAAGCUUGAGGAACGGGAAAACGCGAGAAAUGAGUGCGAACGGAAAACAUGAACGGCGUUACGGAACAAAAGGAAAGUUCUACACACACUCGCAUGCGAACAAACAGAUACACACAAAAUCUCGCGACAUCAUCUUGAUCGAGAAGGGAGAAAUUGCCUUCGAUGUUUUCACUCUCGCGUCGAUGCGAUUUCCUUGGAGCAAUUUUUUUAAAUCGAAUAUAACCGACAUACACAAAUACACACAGGCAAACACACGCGUAUAUAUAUUCCCCUCGGAGCAGCGCGAAGCGUGCAAUCUUUUCGUUUGACUGAACGGGGAAGAAGCUUUAUCGUAGAUCGAUGUCGCGAAACGAUUUUUCGCUGGGAAAUAAUAAACGUAGAUGGAAGAGCGUAGAGAAAUAUGGGGGGAAUUUAUAAUAAAAUAAUGAAAGUACAAGACGGCGGAAGAUCGACUUUCGUAAAAUUAAAAAUAAAAGAACAAAAAAUAGGAACGUUACGAAGCGAAGGAGAGGAGAGCGGAGCUCGUCGAAUUUCUCGAAUUAUUGCGGAGUCCUUUGCGUCGCGAUGAAUAAACGUGUAGUUUAAGGAAAUUUAAUGAAAAACAUGUAUAUUGACUGAGAGAGAGAGAGAGAGAGAGAGAGAGAGAGAGCACCUUCUUUUUUUAAUGCUUAUAGACGACGAAUUUAAAAUCGAAAAAAAAGUAAUGAAAA